AUGUUCUCAAAAAGACAUAUGAGAAGACUUAUUAAAAAUGAAGAAAGUGAAUUUUACGGAAUGGCUGAAAAUGAUUCUGAAGAGGAUGCGGUGAAUUGUAGUGAAUUUUACGAAAUGACAGAAGAUGAUUCUGAAGAGGAUGCGGUGAAUUGUAACUUUGACAAUAUUGAUGCUGAAGUCGAAUUUUUUGAAAAAGAAGAAAGUUCACAAAAAACGAACUGUGACAAAUUAAUUGAAAAAUUGAAAAUGUGGACUGCGCGUCAUAAAGUCACAAAGAACUGCUUCGUUGAUUUGUUAAAAAUAUUGCAGUUGGAGAAUAUUUUUGUACCAACAUCUUCGAAAGGAAUUUUACGGCAAGCGACCUGCAGAUUGAGAACUGUUGCGCCAGGAAAUUAUUUGCACAUAGGCCUAGAAAAGCAACUAAGGAGUAUCGCGAUAACGUUGAGUGACGUUGAUAAAUUUGAAAUCGAUAUCGGUAUUGACGGCUUACCUUUGUACAAAAGCUCAAAUGUAAGCUUGUGGCCUAUAUUGGCAAAAUUGCAUCCAAAAAGAAAUACGAAGGUGAUGUUGAUUGGUGUUUUUGAAGGCAAACAGAAACCGGCAGACGUGAAUAACUAUUUACACGAUUUUGCUUAUGAACUAAAAACUUUAACGCAAUACGGAAUGGAAGUCAAUGGCAGAAGAAUCAAAGUGAAAGUGCGAUGCUUUAUUUGCGAUGCCCCAGCAAGAGCAUUUAUCUGCCAAACAGUAGGUCACAACUCUUUUCAAGGAUGCAGCAAGUGCACACAAGUGGGUAAAAAAAUAAACCAUACAAUAACUUACAGUACAUUGACGGAAAAUCUUCGAACUGACGAUGACUUUGCUGCAAGAAAUAGCGUGGGUCAUCAUAAAAAAAUGGAAAAAUCGUGUCUCGAAGAAAUAGGUGUGGGAAUGGUCUCCGCUUUUCCUCUUGAACCAAUGCACCUUUUAGAUCUUGGAGUUGUAAGAAAAGUGCUAAAAUGUCUAAUUAAUGGUCCGAAUGUAGGAUAUCAGUUGACUAAGCAGCAGAAAAAAAUGCUGUCGAAAACUUUGAUUUCGUACAUACCUUACAUACCCAAUGAAUUUGCUCGAAAACCACGAAGCUUAGAUGAAAUUGCAAGAUGGAAAGCAAUAGAGUUCCGACAGUUUGUACUUUACACGGGAAUGGUUGCUUUGAAAGACAUUGUAUCUGACAGUAUUUAUUAUCAUUUUUCUUUGUUGCAUUGUGCAUAUGCAUUGCUUUCGUCACAAAAAACCUAUGAAAACAAUUUAGAAGAAAUAAAGCAAAUGCUUAAUUACUUCGUGCACCUUUUCCCAACCUUUUAUGGAGAAGAAAAAGUAAGUUACAAUGUACAUUCAGUGCUGCAUUUGGUGGACUCCGUUAAAUCGUGCGGUUUUCUGAAUUCAUUCUCAGCAUAUGCAUUCGAAAAUUUUUUGCAAACCCUAAAGCGGUUCGUUAAAAGACCCCGAGAAACAUUACAACAAAUAAAUAACAGAUACCAAUACGAAAACGUGUUUACAAAAGACAGAUAGAUGUGGGAAGUUUUGAAAAACUGCUGCAAUCUAUUUACGGAACCAUUGAAAUUGAUGAUAGAUUUGGGCGUUUUCAUAGCUGACAUUGACACCGAAGAAGCGGAGCAAAUCUAUGAUGUCCAACUUAUUUUAUACAAAUUAAUGUGUCUGCCUUACAAUAAUCAAUUUGUAUUUCUACCGAUUAUUCACAGCAAGGACCUAUAAGAUGAGUUACCACGGGCUGAAAUCUUUUAGCGUGAAAUCGGUUGCGGAAAAUUACAAAAACGAAAAUUCUUGUCCAUGCAAAAUCGCCAGUCUGGAAAAAAAAUUGAUGAAAUGCAACAACAUAUAGAGAAAUUGACGAAACAAGUUGACACCACAAAUGAGCUGUUGCGAAAAUUAACCACCGUGCAGUCAGCAAAUAAUGCCCUCAUAAAUGCAAUGAGUUGCAGGCGCAAAUCUACUAAUAAAUUUCCAUUAAAAACUGAUGAAGCAUUAUAAGAACUUGACAAAGAAUUGGAAGGUAACAAGGAAAAAUAUGUGAGUUUUUUUAAAAAUACUACACUUCAGUGUCACAUUUUAAUUCAAAAAUCAACAUUCUUUUAUUGCAGAUGCCUAUAAUACAAGACCUGCUAGGUCACAAUGCAAUUGAAAAAUCACUGCAUAAAAUUAUAGCAGUUGAAUUGUUGCUGGAUUACAAUUACUUUGGUGUGAAGGGUAAAAAAUCUUUGAAGGAAUUUACGCACUUUAAUGCGUUACUAUUUGGUAAGUUUUUCGUAUUUUUAACAUUGAAGGACAUAGCUUCAAAUUUAUAAA